GACGCGACCAUCUGUCAUUGGGAUGUUGUCAGAUCGUAUGACCUCAAACAAAAAUAUUAUUGCGUUGUAAUGUAAAAUAGUAAACAUCAAAUUUUUUAGCUCGUUUGAGAAUUAUUUCUUGUGCAAUAAUGGCUCUUCUUCCACCGGAUCCUGUCUACAUCCUUAGAGGAAAUACACCAAUCCAAUCAUUAGCAUUUCACAAAGGAUUCGACAGGUUAUUCAGCGGAGACCAAGAGGGCACGGUCAACAUCUGGGGACUACAGACCAAUAGAAUAGAAAAUACCAUCAAAGUCGGAGAUAACAAUGUAAUUCAUCUAUCCCAUACUAAAGACAACCUUAUAACGCAAGACAAAAACGGCAAAAUCAAAUACUGGAAUUUCGGUCUUAAAGGAUACGAAAUCGGCGAGGUCAUAUAUUCGGAUUACAUUGGUUUUAGUAAAUUUUCUAUCUCUGAGUCUGACAAAUUACUAAUUGUACCUGACAAAAACUCUGUUAUUAAGGCAUACAAUUUACAAGGGUACUUAAUUACUGAAAUCGUACCUGAUGACCCUAAACCCCUUGGAAUUGUUAUGUGCACAAAAAUCAUAACACUGCAUAACGAAGUUUGUAUUCUAGCAGCUUAUGAAAGUGGUGAUUUACUUUUGUGGAAUUUAAACAAAGGUAAAAUUCUAAGUAAUCUCAAGUUAUCAGAGUUCCCGAUAACUUUGGAUUAUGAUCAAACUGCCAAUCGUGGAGUGUAUGGAUCCAGCUCGAAUAUCAUACAUGUAUUUAGUAUAAAAUUAUCAACAGAUGAACUGUUUAAAAAAUGUGAUAUAAAUUUGAAGAACAGCGGAAUAAAUCAUCUCCAAAUAAGAAAUGAUAAAAAAGUCUUUGCUAGUGGAGGAUGGGAUGGAAGUCUGAGAAUAUUUUCAUGGAAGAGCUUAAGACCACUUGCAGUAAUGAAUGUUCAUAAUGGGCCUAUUAAUUGCAUUUCAUACUCUGAAGACAAAAUUAGCACUUGGUCCAACUCAAUUUUAGCAGCUGCUGGCAAUGAUGGAAACAUUUCUUUGUGGGAUUUAUAUAAUUAAACUUUUGUGAUAUAUAUUUUUAUAUGAAUGUCAUAAGAAUAAUAAAGAUUUGAUUAUUACUGACCUUCUGGAAU